GAUGGAAAACAGCUGAUCUUGAACAUUAACCACAAAUAAUUUAAUGUUUUAUUAAGUUUUUACCUUUUUUAACAACAAUUUUUGUUGUACAAUUUUAUUACGAAAUUAAAUUAUAAUGGCUUCAAUAAAUCAAGACAUGUUUAAUAAAUUUCAACAGGUUUCUAAACGGCAGCAGAAGAAUAACGGCGAAAUAAAAGUGGAAGUACGCGAAGAUGAGGAACAGUUUACUAAGUUACAAGAAAUUAUCGACCUUCUUGUCGCAGCUGGGUAUUUUAGAGCCAGAAUAAAAGGACUAAGUCCUUUUGAUAAAAUUGUUGGCGGGAUGGUGUGGUGUGUAGAAUCAUUAGAUGUUGAUGUAGAUGUUAAUUUGCUUUUUGAAGAAAAUUCUACAAUUGGCCAGAAGAUAGCUUUAACUGAAAAAAUAGUCAUUGUUUUGCCAAAAAUUAAAUGCCCUCAUAGGAUAGAACCACACCAGAUUCAAGGUUUAGAUUGUAUUCAUAUUUUCCCAGUUAUACAAUGGCUUGUAAAAGCUUCUUUGGAUGCCCGAGAAGAAAAAUCAGCUUUUGUACGUUCUUAUGCUGUGAAACAAUUCCAAAAGACAUUCUCAAUAAAGGAAAAGACUGAUAAAAAAUUAGAUCAAAUGUUAGAUAGUUUAAAAAUUGUUAAUGAAGCAUAUAGACCAACUAGAUAUUAUAAAAGAAAGAAUGUCCCUCCUCCAGAUAUCCUGUCAAGAGUACAAAUUACACUUUUAGAAUAUGGUUAUAGAGGUGGUAGCAUUUUAAAAUCAGUUACUGAUAGUACAAAUAAUGGCGAGGGAUCCAGUGAACAGACAAAUUCCUUUGAUGAAGAGCAGCAUAAAUUAAAUGAGCUUUUAUCAAAUCUUACUGCUGCAAAAGAGGAUAUUAUUAAAGAUGACACUUUAAGCGAAGAGGAUAAGGAAAUGUUGAUAAAACAUUAUGCAAGUAUGCAUUCUGAACUAAAGGAUGGUGGGCAUCAAGCAAAGGAAACUCAGCAACUGAAUUUAUUAGAAGAACAAACCCAACUUUUAGACAAUAAUAUUUUAAAACUUCAAGCAACAAAGACAGAACUAGAAGAACAAUUGCAACAGCAACGGAAAAUACUUGAGGAUACUAAAAUUAAACAGUUAGAAACUAAUCAGAGAUUGAAGGAGUUUGAAGAAGAAAAGAGUGCAAAUUUAGAUGGCAUUAAAGAGAUAGAAGAACUUGUUAUUCUCAAAGAUACGUUAAAAUCUGAAGAAACACAAUUCAAAGAAAAGUGUAAACAAGAAUUAGCGAGGCUGCAGAAGGAGAUAGAUGAAUUUAAGCAAGUUAUAAGCCCUACUGAGACUUCUCCACGCAUGCUAGCCGAUAUCGCGGAAUUAACUGAUAAAAUUAAAUUACUUAGAUUAAACUUAGCUAAGAAGAAUCAGAUUGUUGCAAAAUUGCAAAGACAACUUGAUGAUGUUCCUAACAGAGCUGAAAUGAAUCAAUAUCAAAAGCGAUUCUUGGAAUUAUAUAAUCAGGUGGCAGCAAAGCAUAAGGAAACAAAGCAAUAUUACACGCUCUACAACACAUUAGAGGACAAAAGAAGGUAUAUGCAAAAGGAAUUAUCAAUAAUGAACUCAAUAUCAGAUAACUAUCCAGAGGCUAUGCAGUCAUCCAGUAGUAAAGAAGAAUUUAUGACUCAAUUCAAAAAUAUUGUGGAUGGCGUUAAACAGAACAGAUUAAAAAUUGAAAGACAAGUUUAUGAACAGAGGAAAAAGAAAGAUCAACUUAACAGUGUCUUACAGGGUCUUUUGGAGUUACAACGUACCUACGCAGCUGGAGUUAAACAACUAACCCUUGAAUGUGCAAAAUAUGAGACCCUCCUGGCGGGCAAGGGCAGCGAAAGAUAAUAUAAACAUUUAUAUAAUAAUUGUAUAAUGUAAACAUUUAUAUAGUAAUUGUAAAUUUUAUAUUACUAGGCAAACAUUUUUAUUGUGAUACUCAUAUUUAGAUUUUUUUUGUUAUGUUAUAUGAUGUAUGUAUAUAUUGCUCACAUUGCCAUUUUUACAUUUCUUACAUGUUUUAUAUAAGACAACCGACUUUAUAAUUCUAAUAGUAUGUUGUGUAUAUAUUGAAACCCGUGUAUGUAUUUUGAUGUAUUUAUUUUUCCAUAAUUUUACACAGAUAUUUGUAUGUAAAAUUUAGUGCAAUAAUAGAACACGCAUAUCAACCAGCUUCA